UGAAAGACAAACUUGAGCAACUCGUGUCUACACACUGCUGCAGUGCUAGGUCUCUCUCUAUUUCAGCCUAGCAGGUCUAAAUGCUAAGCUAACCACAUCCUGCCUCUAGCAUCACAUUUAAGGCACAGAGUGGUAAAGAUCCUCUCCCACUCUGGACACGGAGAUCUAAUGUGUUCCUACCUCUUGUUUUAGGAUGCAGAGCGCGUGCUCGGCUCGAGGUCUUCCAGUAAAAGGCGUCAUGCUCAGAGUCUCACGGAGACGUCUGAAGGCAAAGAGAGCCGCCUCAGACAGUCACAGCGGAACAGUCUGUUCUCCAUUCGUAAAGCUUUCAGGGAGCUUCCUCUCUUGGAGUGCUUGUUGAUCUCUGAAUGACUUCAGGCUGAGUCAUGAGUCCUGCUCCUCCCCGCGAUGCGUCUCCUCUGCUGUAACGCCCUGCUGUGUCUCUGCCCGCUCAGGUUUGACUACUGCAGGUUCAUAGAGGCCGACUACGCCCCCAUGGAGACGGCCUACAUGGUCUCGAUGCGUCCGACGAAAGGCUACGCAGCGUCGACCAAGUCGCCCACCGAGGCACACGCGUCCACCAGGUCUCCGGACCGCCGCUCGGCAAACGCUCCCUCGACCCCUCGGGGCGCUCGGCGGCCGCCGGCCGCGCCCAGUAACAGAGAUCCCCAUGGCAACGCAUCCCUCAGCAGCAGCAACUCCGGCUCCUGUAAGGGCAGCGACUGCAGCCCCACCAAAGGACGUCAUCCAAAGUACUCGUGUACGGACAACCAUGGUAUCCGGCCCCCUCCACCGGAGCAGUACCUCACCCCCCUGCAGCAGAAGGAGGUGUGUAUCCGACACCUGCGGUCCAGGCUGAAGGAAACCAUCAACACCCUUCAACACAGGGACACAGAGAUAGAUGAGCUGAGAGGCCAGCUCUACCGGAUGCAGGAGGACUGGGUCGAGGAGGAGUGUCACCGCGUGGAGGCCCAGCUGGCCCUGCAGGAUUCGCGUCAGGAGAUCCAGCAGCUCAAACAGGCUGUGGACACUGUCCGCGCCACGCUCAGCGAAGCAGGCGGACUUAGUGGCGACGUCGGGGUCCAGAAGUACUUUCAGGACAUCAACACCCAGAACCACAAGCUUGAGAAUCUUUUGCUCAGCAUGGAAAUGGCCCAGGCCGGAUUAGCCAAGGAGGGGGAAGCCAUACCGAGCCGUCGGACCCGCGUUGGAGGUUCGGCACCGGCGUCGGUGUCAGGGGAAAGUCCAGGGGGGAUACCCAGACCGGCAGGAGGGAGGGGGUCUUGCUCCUGCGACGGUAGCCCAGCCCGGUCGCUGACCCGGAGCUCCACCUACACAAAACUGAGCAAUCAGGCGCUCGCAGACCGGAACGGCAACGGCCCGGACUUCCCUUGUCUGUCGGCUGACGGCACCCAGGAUAGUGGCUUUGUGUGCUGCGGGGAGAGCAGCAUCCCCAGCCAGGCCGACCUGCUGCUGGAGGCCGCCUUCCUGUCUGAGGAGACGGCAGCUUUACUCAACUCCUACGCACAGACCUUUUCCCAAUCUCUGCCCCAAUCUUUGCCUCACACUCUAGCCGACUCUCUGCCCAACUCUCUUUCCUAUUCCCUGCCCCAUUCUCUGCCCCACACCUUCUCCCAUACCUUACCUCGCUCUUUCCCUCACAGUGCGUCCCACUCCGUGGCCCACUCUCUGCCGCACUCCGCCACCUACGAGAAGCUGUGCACAGGUGAGCGGCUGGCACCCACCCACUGCGGUGGGGCGGGUUGCAUGAGCCAUCCCUGCCUGUCCCACCACCACCUCUACCUGCACCAACUACGGGAGACGGGCAUUCAGACUGAGAGCUGCCCCAUCCCUGCAGGUUACCCCUCCGAUCUGGAUACCAUUGCGGAGCAACGCACUUUCCGCUCCCAGGCCUGCAGCCCUACCUCCACCUGGAUGUCAGAUGAGGGGGAGGAGGAGCUGGACUCCAUCAAUACCACAGCGACGAUCAUGAGCACGGCCACGGAGCCGAUCCCGACCUCCAAAACCCCGCCGGUCCCUCUCUUAACGCGGUCUGCUACUAUGGCGUGUUCCAUGGAAAGUGGGGAAGAGGAAGUGGAGGGAAGGGAAAAGCAAGAGGAGAGAGAGAAAGAGGAUGCAGCAUCGGAGCGACAGGAGGACACAACAGCGAUCAGCCUGACAGAAGAUCAGACACCAAACGGCUCCGAGGGAGGAGACGAGGUGGAGGUUCAGGGUGCAGUGGAGGAGGCAGCACCAGAGGACACUUCAACAGGGACGUUGGGCGAGCUUAACUUUGUCAAAUGCUGUGCAGAAGGCGCACAGGUCGGCACAACACCGGAGAACCCGAGCGUGGAAGAGAUCGAGACGGGAGAGUUGAGUUGCCAAGGGUUAUCACCGGAUGUGGAACAGCCUCAUACCUCGCAGCCACAGAGAUCCACUUCCCACGAGGAGAUAGUCGGUGUCGUCAUAGUGGAGGUGAACGACGAGGACGCCGAUGAGGAUGAAACUAAAGAACAAGGCGCCACGGCGGGCGCCACGGCAGAGGCGGGAGAUCCAUCGAGCUCGGGGACAGUUGAGAAAAGCUACUGGAGUCGUCACUUCCUUGUUGAUCUUCUGGCGGUGGCCAUUCCCGUGGUGCCGACAGUGGCGUGGCUGUGCCGCGGUCCGGCCCGCGGAGGACCGCCCAUGUACCACCUCGGGUCGCUGUUGCGGGGCUGUUGCACCAUGGCGCUGCACUCGCUCCGCAGGGGCGGUGGAUUGAGGCAUUACCCUGCGGGCGGGGGGAACCUGGGCGGGACGCAGAUAUAAGAGGGCCUGGGUCCUUGCUGGAGGAUACCUGGAGUACAAGAGGAGGAAGAGGAGGAUCUUCCUCCCUGCAUUCCUCAUCAACAUGAAUAUGACUAAGAUCUCUGACUGGCGACGUCUGUUCUGUCUGGUCCUGCUCUUGGCUGUCUCUCACCCCAUUGGUCCUUGCUGUUGCUUCCAAGAUGUCCGCUAACACUGAAUGAGCCGGUGGAAAUGAAUGAUCUCCACCUGGAUGUUUAACGCUGAUUGUUUUCUUUUUGAAAUGCAGGGAAGUGUUACAGGUGCAUUGAUUAGUCGACCUGCCGUCUCAAUUCGAACGUGUUGCUAUGAUGAUGUUGGUGAGUGAGUCCAUGAAAUAUGAUGUGCGUAUGUCAGAGAAUGUCUUUGUAUAACCAAAAGGGGAAGAUCCACCUGAUUCGGAUUUCUGGAAACAUGGACUUCAUCUACUACCGAGAAAUCAAAGAUGUAGACCAAGAACUCAGGUUGGUUCUAAGGUAGAAGGUUCGGGUCGACUCAGGCUGCCGAGGACCGUGGACGCUGGUGGGGGGGUAGGUGGGCUGUCUAGCCAAACACGGCGGGGUGGUCCUGGUCCGAACAGGAAGGCAUUGUGCAAACUCAGCCGGCUUUUAACACACCGGUUGACCCCGAUUUUUUUUUUUUUUGAGUCGGAACGAAUUUCUGCGAAAUUUGUCGUCGUUGGUCUGAGUCGGAUUGAGAUCUAGAACACAGCUGGGACGUCUCAUAUUACGAUGAGACGUGAAGUACGAUCCAGAAAAGCUGGUUUGACCAACAGAUCCACGACUUGGAGUCAGAACAUCUCAAAUGUAGCUCGUUUGGAGCCGAUUAGCUUAGCUUAGCAUGAAGAGCGUUAGCAGGUGGACACAGCUCUUUAUAAAGAUUAACAUGCUCUGUCUCGCCUGUGGAACACAAACAGAAAUGUAAAAAUCAAAGUUAAGUGCUUAAAAUAUUUAUUUUUAUCAAAAUGCUGAGGUGUUGUUGGUAGAUUUUUAUUUGACUUCGAACUUUGGACAUUUUCCUUCUUGGCAAGAAAGUAAAAAAUGCAUUUCCCAAAACAGCUGGAAUGAGACCGGAUACAUCGUGGAUUACUCAAUCAGUUGAUACUCUUGGAUAUAGACAUAUGAUAUAUAUAGAUAUAUGUAGAUAUAGAUAGCUCUUCUUCCUAAAUCUAAACAAAAGGCUGCAAAUCUAAAUUCUGAGGAUCUUUUCGUCGCUUCCCAUAGAAAACGGACAGGAGGUCACUGAGUUCGAUGAGUUUCCACGGUGAUAGGAUCUCAUCUGAAGAAUCAAUGACGGUCAAUGAAUCCACGACUGAGUCUUCAAACCUACACGUGUAUCCAACGGAGUAGAAAAUGACCGUUAGCCGACCUAGCCGUAGCAGACAGCCGUAGCCGGGUCGUCCGUCACGAGGUAGCUGAGCCCGAAGAGAACGGGACCGUAAUGAAAUAAAAUGACAUCUCUCUGCAUUGAAGAAGACUUGAAAACUAGAGAUCGAUCCCACAGACUCACGGUUACCGAGGUAAUAAAUCAAGUUAUACAACCGGACCUCUGGCGCCCCCAGGUGGCCAUUCGGAAGCAUCGGUUUCAACCCUUCCUUUAAAAAGUUCUAAAUUUUUGGGAAACGCUGCUUUUUGCUUUCCUGCCGCCGCGAAGCAUCUGAAGCAAAACUCAGAGGAACUCUUGAAACAUCGCAAAAAAAAUAGUUCCGCUUUCAUUUCACACGGCGAACGUAAUAAAUCAAUUCCACGACUAGCGUGUCGAUCCUCCGCUGUACAUUGCUGCUCGCGGUGUCGUCUCACUGGUGUGUCCUCUGUGUGCGUGUGAAGUUAGUCACCAACAAUAAAGUCCACUUCGUCCUCGUGGGGCCGAUGUUUGACUUGAGUCAGAAGAAACAUCUCAAAGCACCGACAGUCAGAGGACCUGAACGCGUCUUCAGAAGCAGCAUGACUUGUUUUUUGGGGUUUUUUCAAUAUUUGUUUGACAUAUUUUGCACUAUUGUUCACUUUAUACAUUUUAAAGCGAUAACUUGAAGUGUAGAUCGUACGUGGAUCCAAAGUGUCGAGUGUCAGCCGAGUGUUCCCGAUGUGCCGAUCGCGGUUUAAGGCCCGUUUCCAUGGAUGGAUCCUUUAAAAAAUACUGUUUCAAUACACGCCGCGAUGUCUGUGAAUACUGCGAAGCGGUCGAAGGUUCAGAGGAAACGAACGCCGGGCGAGGAAGAGCAGCGGCGGAGCUUCGUGGUCAAAACGAUGUCCACGACAAUCAUGGCGACGGCCGUCUGUGGUUUGGUUUCACGGACCUGAAGGAACCGUAUCGAGGUCCAUGAACAGAUUGAAGGACCGGAUUGAAGGCCUUAGAGACUCGACUCAUUCCGUACGGCCCCCUGGUGGACCAGGAGGGUAAAACAUGAAGCCAUAGAAUCUUGUGUGGGGAAGCAGGUGUGAGAAUGUGGGAGGCGGCCUCCUCCUCCUCCUCCUCGUCGAUGUUUUGUGAAACUAAAUCUCUAACGUUGAAAGUCGCAUGAAUGAGAACUUCUGUGUGUCAGAUGGACUUUGAUUUGAGUCUUUAGAAGAAGACGCAAGGGAAGGAAAGGAUGGAGGAAAGGAAAGGGGGUAGGAAAGGAAAAGGAUGGAGGGAAGGAAGGAAAGGGGGUA